GGGCUACGUGAAACCUUCAAGCGUCUCUCUGCUGCCUUCAUAGUUUUGAGCCCGUUCGUGUCUGUGAUUCUUCCUGCUCCAGCCCUCUCAGUUGACUGGUACCAGAAGGAGAGGGAGGAGGAGGAGGAGGAAGAGGAGGAAGAGGACUCCUGCCAGAGAGCGCAGUCUGAAAGAGAAGAAUGCAACACGGGACUGACGCUCAAGUCUUAAUCCUGCACCGCUUUCAGCCAGAAAAGAGAUUUUGAAGGGAGCGCGGACGCGUUUUCGGUCGUUGUUGCCUCCAAUGCGCGGCCACUAGAGAAAAAGACACGGGAAAAAAAAAGAGAGAAAGAAAGAAAGAAAGAAAGAAAGAGGAGGAUCGCGCUGCAGGCUUGCAAGUCGGGGAUCUAACCUACAGACCCGAGACCUGGUCCAGCGGGGUGUCCCCCUGCAGCCGCCGGAGCCAUGUCAUCCACCAAAUACAAGAAGGACAAGGAGAUCAUAGCGGAAUAUGAGACGCAAGUGAAAGAGAUCCGCAACCAGCUGGUGGAGCAGUUCAAAUGUCUGGAGCAGCAGUCCGAGUCUCGCAUCCAGCUGCUGCAGGACCUGCAGGAAUUCUUUCGCCGCAAAGCAGAGAUCGAACUGGAGUACUCCCGCAGCUUAGAGAAACUCGCCGAGAGGUUCUCCUCCAAGAUACGCAGCUCCAGAGAACACCAACAGUUUAAAAAAGACCAGCACUUGCUGUCAUCAGUAAACUGCUGGUAUCUGGUGCUGAACCAGACGAGACGUGAGAGCCGGGACCACGCCACUCUCAGUGACAUCUACACCAACAACGUUAUCGUCCGCCUGGCACAGAUCAGUGAAGACGUCAUCCGCCUCUUCAAGAAGAGCAAGGACAUCGGGAUCCAGAUGCAUGAGGAGCUGGUGAAGGUGACAAAUGAACUCUACACUGUGAUGAAAACAUACCACAUGUACCACACUGAGAGCAUCAGUGCAGAGAGCAAGCUCAAAGACGCCGAGAAGCAGGAAGAGAAGCAGUUCAGCAAGUCCGGAGAUCUCAAUGUAAACCUCCUGCGCCACGAGGACCGCCAGCCGAGACGCAGCUCCGUCAGGAAAAUAGAGAAGAUGAAAGAGAAGAGGCAGGCCAAGUAUUCAGAGAAUAAGCUCAAAUGCACAAAAGCCCGGAACGACUAUUUGUUGAACCUGGCAGCUACAAAUGCAGUGGUGGCAAAAUAUUACAUCCAUGACGUCUCUGAUAUGAUUGAUUGCUGUGAUCUGGGAUACCACGCAAGCUUGGCUCGCACCCUCAGGACUUACUUAUCUGCCGAGUACAACUUGGAGACGUCGCGCCACGAGGGACUGGACAUCAUCGAGAACGCCGUGGACAACUUGGACUCCCGCAGCGACAAGCACAAGAUCAUGGAUAUGCAUAACCAGGUGUUCUGUCCUCCGAUGCGCUUUGAAUACCUGCCACACAUGGGGGACGAGGUGUGCCAGGUCAGCGCCCAGCAGCCGGUCCAGACUGAGCUCCUGAUGCGCUACCAUCAGCUGCAGUCGCGCUUAGCGACACUGAAGAUUGAAAAUGAAGAGGUGAGGAAGACCUUGGAUGCUACCAUGCAGACGUUGCAGGACAUGCUGACAGUAGAGGACUUUGAUGUGUCAGAUGCCUUUCAGCACAGCCGCUCCACUGAGUCCAUUAAGUCUGUGGCCUCCGAGUCCUACAUGAGCAAACUUAAUGUAGCCAAAAGGAGGGCCAACCAGCAGGAGACGGAGAUGUUCUACUUUUCUAAAUUCAAGGAGUACCUAAAUGGCAGUAACCUCAUCAUUAAGCUGCAGGCCAAGCAUGACCUACUGAAGCAGACGCUGGGUGAAGGGGAAAGGGCUGAAUGUGGUACAACAAGGCCCCCCUCCCUUCCCCCUAAACCACAGAAAAUGCGGAAGCCUAGGCCGCGCUCCGUGUAUAAACAAAAGCUGUUUAACGGCAAUAUGGAGGCCUUCAUCAAGGAUUCAGGCCAACCAAUUCCACUCGUUGUUGAAAGCUGUAUCAGAUACAUCAAUCUUUACGGGUUGCAGCAGCAGGGUAUAUUUCGCGUGCCGGGAUCACAGGUGGAGGUCAAUGAUAUUAAGAACUCAUUUGAGAGGGGUGAAGAUCCCUUGAUCGAUGACCAAAACGAGCAUGACAUUAACUCGGUGGCCGGCGUACUGAAGCUGUACUUCAGGGGGCUCGAGAACCCCCUCUUCCCAAAGGAGCGCUUCCUGGACUUCAUCUCCACCAUCAAGCUGGAGUCUGGAGCUGAGAGAGCUCAUCACAUCCAGCAGAUUGUUGUGACUCUUCCUCGGACCAUCAUCGUUGUGAUGAGAUACCUUUUUGCUUUCCUCAAUCAUCUUUCCCAGUACAGUGAUGAGAACAUGAUGGAUCCGUACAAUUUAGCGAUCUGCUUCGGUCCAACCCUGAUGCCCAUCCCAGACGGCCAGGAUCCCGUCGCAUGUCAGGCACAUGUUAAUGAGGUUAUCAAGACCAUCAUUAUCCACAAUGAAGUUAUCUUUCCAAACCAGCACGAGCUGGAUGGGCCGGUGUAUGAGAAGUGCAUGACUGGGGGAGAAGAAUACUGUGACAGUCCCCACAGCGAACCAGGAACCAUUGAUGAAGUUGAUAAUGGGACUGAGCCACACACCAGUGAUGAAGAAGUGGAGCAGAUUGAGGCCAUCGCUAAGUUUGACUACGUGGGCCGGAGUCCCAGGGAGCUGUCUUUCAAAAAGGGAGCCUCUCUGCUCCUGUAUCACCGAGCGUCUGAAGACUGGUGGGAAGGCCGUCACAAUGGCGUGGAUGGCCUCAUCCCCCACCAGUACAUCGUCGUACAAGACCUGGACGAUGCUUUCUCAGAUAACCUGAGUCAGAAGGCAGAUAGUGAGGCCAGCAGCGGACCGCUGCUAGAAGACAAGGGUUCGUCCAAAAACGAUGCUCCAUCUCCAUGCGAGCAAUCGCCCGAUUACAAUUUUGGAGGAGUCAUGGGGAGGGUUAGACUACGAUCUGACGGAGCGGCAAUACCUCGCCGCCGGAGCGGCCCGGACACCCACAGUCCCACCAGGGGUUCUGACACACCGCCUCGGGCUGCGGCCUGCCCCAGCAGCCCUCACAAGGUGUCCAUCAACAAGAGUCGCAUGGAGAGCCCAGAAAAGCGGCGACUGGGUACCUUCGGUAGCUCAGGCAGCAUCAACUACCUGGACCGGAAGGCCUAUCCUGAGGGCCACCCGCUGAGACCGGGGCCCGGAGCCACCCGGCACAGCAGCCUGGGGGACCACAAAUCACUGGAGGCUGAGGCUCUGGCUGAGGACAUCGAGAAAACCAUGACCACAGCUCUCCAUGAGCUGCGCGAACUGGAGCGUCAGAACACCGUCAAGCAGGCCCCUGAUGUGGUGCUGGACACCCUGGAGCCCAUGAAGAACCCCGUCAGCUCGGAGCCCGGCAGUCCACUGCACACUAUUAUGAUCCGCGAUCCGGACGCGGCCAUGCGCCGCAGCAGCAGCUCUACCUCUGAAAUGAUGACCACCUUCAAACCCGCCCUCUCCGCCCGGCUGGCCGGGGCUCAGCUCCGUCCGCCGCCCAUGAGGCCGGUCCGCCCUCCUCCGACGCAGCACCGCUCCAGCAGCUCCAGCUCCUCGGGGGUCGGCAGUCCUGCCGUGACUCCCACCGAGAAGAUGUUUCCGAGCAACAGCACAUCGGCAGGCUCAAACAUGAAUAUUUCUGGCGAUAGUGGAGAUAAGUCUGGUACUAUGUAGCGAAGGUGAAAUGUACGGAUGGAGCGAAGUGGCAGAAAAAGGCUUAUGAGAACAGGUGCUGAGGUGAGGAAGGCAGAUACUGAUAUUUCUUCUUCCUCUGCUUUCUGCUUGACUUGAUUAAUACAUUCAGGGUGCUCCCAGUCUGUCACGACGGUGAUAAGGUGAUGAAGCUGUGUUAAGGCGCGAGCAUAACGCUGGGCUCUCUUGGAAAACUUGAUUCAACCACUGUACAUGUGUAUAGAAACAUGUGUCUUUCUGUUUUACCUCAGCUUCAACAAAAAGAGAGACACACCGAAUGCAAGUGAAGCAAUACUUCAUUUGUGGCGUCAUUUGGUUUCAUCACAUCGGUCCACAUGAUGUUUGAUGGAAACGCCUCACAUCAACCACGAGGGAAUGCUGAAAGGUUCACGGGCUGACUCUGAAGGGGUUUUGCCACAGCGAUGGAACUCGGCAUUAAUGUAGAAAUUCUGGACUUUGAAAAGUGGUAGUCACAUUACACUAGAGGAUGAUGCUCCAGCUUCAUCAGCUGUGUAAAGGUUAACCCCUUUCUCUGCAGAUAUUUGAUAACACCACAGUGCCAAAUUUUAUCCAUAUUCACAAAAUGUCUCUCGCACUACUUUUCAAAGUCCGGAAUUACUAAACCAAUGUCAGUUUAUCUGGAAUGAAACAAUGCUGUUAUUAUCAGAAAAUGUUGUAUUUAAUGCACGGCAGACUCCUUCUGAGUCAGCUUGUAAACUUCUCAGCCCUCCCCGGUAAUUUAGGCAGUGUUGACCUUUUGGACACAAACCUAAUGGCUGUACAUGCCGGCUUACUUGAAGUCACCAUACUUUGAGUUGAAUUUUAAUUCAUGUGUUGUUUUUUUUUUAGCAAAAUACCUUCAUGGUAACAUGUAGUUCUGCAUGCAGGUAUCUUAAAAAAAUAAAAUAAAAUAAGGGAAACAUUGAAGAUUCCUGCUCUCACCGAGUGGAAAUAUGUGACGAUGAUCAAGUUUUUUAACCACUGUAAAAAUCUACAAUAGUCUGAAACCUUAUUCGCAAGGGUGAAACGUACCGAAGUAAAAGCUAAAAUCCAAUAUGACAUGUGCUAGUAUCUGACAAUGUAAUAUUUUCUGUCUAUCAUAAAAUGUCCAAACCGUUCUAAGAAUAAGCAAAAGGUGAAGCAUCUUGGCAUGAACAUGAUCCUUAAACUCGUACGCGACAUUAAUCAGUACUAAAAUAAAUUAAAAGCAAGUCUUCCCCUACCAUUGUGCACGGUUGACCAGUGAUCAUUUUAUGUACUGUAUAUGAAAUGCAGAAGACUAUUGCAACAACUAAUGUAGGAAUCCUGUGGUAAACCUGUAAAUAAUAAAUAGCUAGUAAUUUAUAAGUGUUAAUUGUGUACAGGUUAUUACAAAAAAAAAAAGGUAAACGGUCAGUGUGAAUGGCACUUGUAUUGAUCAUGAUCCAUCUGUAUCAUCUCCAGUAAACAAACAGCAUUUGGUUGUAAAACAGAGUGGAAGACAUCGACAAUAUCAUGUGUGUUGAGAAUGCUUUUUGUAAUUGUACUGUAUAAAACUGAUUGCUGUUGAGCUGAAUGCAAAGGCUGAGUUUAGUUUUUGUUUUUUUGUUUUUUAGAACUUGGCGCAAUUUACGAAAAUUUAAGUAUAUAUCGAGUCUCAUCGGUCAGUUUUGGUGUUACUAUAAGAAACUGAAAUGUAACUUAUUACAGUUCUUUUUCAGACUUAUGAUACACACGACGAGGAAGCCGAGAACUACUGUUUGUAACAUCCUGCGAUCAGAGCAGUCUUCUUCCUUUCUGCCUUUUACUGAUGCUCAGACUGUAGAGACCCUUUUUUUUUUUUUCCACGAGUGCAAAAGUAAUCGAGAACAUUUAAGUGUUUACAUCUACUGUACAUCUUGUCAUUCCGACAUAAAUAAUCCAGAAUCCUAGUAAGGAUACCUCUGUAUCCCAAAGAACCUGCUCUGCUCUGCUCUGCAUGCUUUGCGCUGUAAUGUGGAACUCAUAUUCCGUCACUCUCAGUGGCUGUAUGUGGUGCCUUGCCUUGGUGAAACGCACAAAUUAUUUCAACAUUGGACUCUUAUUUUUACUUUCUUUUUUUUUUCUUUUUUUUUUUUAACAAACUGGCCUUAAGAUUGAUGAAGUUGACAAUAUUUAAUUAAGCUACUCAUAAUGGUUGCUAAAAUAAAAGUGAAUGACAAAUAUCAAUGCCUGACUGAGCAGAAAUACCAGUUAAUAUACUAAAUAACUUAGAAGCAUGUGAAGGCACUGAUAUCAAGGCCAACCUGAGAUACAUGCUGUAAAUUCAAAUAUCUGCUUGUUGUCAGUGUAUUGUUUACUUUCAUUGUUUAUGAAAUGAGGAUUUUUAAGAUUGAAGAGCUGAUUCAAGCCAGAAAGAAAAAAAAAAAAAAAAAAAGAGGCAAUAUUGUAUUUAAAGCGACACUCACGUCCUCUGCUGGUUCCUGGUGAUACUGUUAUCACUCACAGGCAUUAUGAAUAUUAUCUGGAGCUGAUAUCACAAUGCCUACAUUCAUUCGUAGAGUUCUCAUUGUCUCAUAGUCCUGGUUUUGCAUCUGUGUGAAUCUAUAAAGGUGUUGUGACAAAACAAACUUUGGUAAAUAUUAAAAAAAAAAAGAAAGCACACAAUUGUAAAGGUGAAAUCCUCAUAUGUAACUAGAUUUCUUCUUUUGUUUAAUUUAUAGACACUUGUGUAAGUGUAGCAGGAGAUUUGAGUGCCUUUUGUGCACCGCGUCAAUUUUUAUUCAACUUUUUUUAAAAGGAAUUUUUUAACUUUAAUAUGUUGUCUAUAAUUUAAACUGACGUUGCCUUUUCAUCCCUGAUUUUCCCUGCUAUACUCAGUUUUUUAGACCAAUCAUUUCUCCCAAAACACCGAGACUCAUCAAGAACUGAGUUGUCUUUGGUUGAACUAUAAAGAACACAAGUUGACUACUGUAUCCAUGAUCUGCUGAUUAUAUUCAGCAGAACGAUCUCAGAUCUUUCUUGUCAUAUUCUUUUGUUUUCCCUGUGAACUGGUGUGCUGUAGUUUAGUCUGUCAUUCUUGUCAUUCAGCUCCUUACAUUUCAGAGGUGUAGUGGUUGCAGGCAAAAGCUGAACUGACUCUCUUUCUGCAGAGGUCAUAAUGCACUUGGGGUCAUUUUUCCCGCUGUGUGAUGUUACACUGAUGUUUUCUCUCUUGGAAUGUAUGCUGUGACAGGUUACGCUGUUUGUCCACAGACGUGAGAUGACCGUACGCUAUUGUUCAAAAAGUACACGGCAGUGAGGGAGCAGAAUGAGACCCCCGUCGCCGGGUGUGAGUUGCUGUCAAACUGUUUACUUUCUCUUUAAUUGUUUGUCUGUUGAUGCUGUUUCUUGAUGAGUGUCUGACUGGUUGAAACCUGUGAUGUUCUGUACAUCAGACCACUGACUGGAGGGUGAAAUCUCCCGUCUCCAAAUAAAAUCAUUAUUGCUCUGUGA